UUGAGCUGGGAUGAGGGGCAAUAUGGUCAUUUCAACAUGACUCUUUUUUUAAAAAGGAACAACUUUUACGGAAAAGUGAAACGCAUGUUCUUUUUCUGCACUGCUCAUCACCGAAAUAGGAAGUUUGGGAAAAGGAAGCAAAUCGGGAAACCAUCUGAACUCUGUAAUGGUAAGCCUCCUGAAUCAUCAAUGGUGAUCGCAUCACUCUCCUCUUCCUCCUCAAUCACUCACCAUCUCCUCCAAUACCUCCGCUUCCAUCUCUCUCAUCCCCACAAUCCCAAACCCCAUUUUCUCUCUCAUCUCUACCCAACCCACCACCACAAUCCUAAACCCUUCUCCUCCCAACCCCUCUCUUCUCAACCACUAAACCCCAACCCUAACCCAGACCCACCUCCACAACUCGUCAACGACCUCUCCCGAACGCUAAGCGACUACCGAAACCCCCACCACGACCUCGAAUCCGCCCUCACCCCAUUCUCCCCCAACAUCUCCACCAAUUUGGUCGAACAAGUCCUCAAACGUUGUAAAAACCUCGGAUUCUCAGCCCACAGGUUCUUCCUCUGGGCCCUCCGCCACCCGGGUUUCAAACCCACAAAAGAAACCCAUCACAUUCUCGUUAGCAUCUUAGGAAGUAGCAAACAGUUCCCGUUGAUAUGGGAUUUCCUUGCAGAGUGGAAGGACACUCAGUGUUGCGAAAUCGAGCCGGAAAUUUUCUGGGUUGUUUUCAGAGCGUACAGUAGAGCUAAUUUACCUGCUGAUGCGAUUCGGGCUUUUGGUAAAAUGGCGGAUUUUGGUGUUGGGUUUGGCAAUGAUGAUGUUGAUAAGUUGUUGUAUGAGCUUUGUAAAAGGAAGCAUGUUAGGCAUGCCCAGGGUUUCUUUGAUAGAGUUAAGUCUGAGGUUGAGCCUAGUGCGAAAAGUUACAGUAUUUUGAUGCGAGGGUGGGGUGAUAUUGGUGAAUCAGGUGAGGCACGUAAAGUGUUUGAUGAAAUGCUUGAGAGCGGGUGUUGUGUGGAUUUGCUUGCUUAUAAUAGCAUGUUACAGUCUUUGUGCAAAGGAGGAAGUGUGGAAGAAGCUUAUAAGCUGUUCCGCGAGAUGGGGUCUAAAGGACUUGAACCGGAUGCAUUUACCUACUCGAUUUUCAUUCAUGCUGCUUGUGAUGCAAAUGACAUUCAUUCGGCCUUUCGGGUUCUGGACAGAAUGAAAAGAUAUGAGCUUGUGCCAAAUGUGUACACUUACAAUGCUAUUAUCAAAAGACUCUGUAAGAAUGAUAGGGUGGAAGAGGCUUACCUGCUACUAGAUGAGAUGAUAGAGAGAGGUGAGAGACCAGAUGUAUGGAGUUACAAUACCAUCCUAGCUUGCCACUGCGAUCAUAAUGAAGUCAACAAGGCUCUUAGGUUGAUUUCAAGAAUGGACCAAGAUUCGUGUUUGCCCGACCGGCAUACAUAUAAUAUGGUGAUCAAAAUGCUAAUUAGGAUAGGGAGGUUUGACAGAGUAACAAAGGUUUGGGAGAGCAUGGAAGAGAGGGGAUUUUAUCCUUCAGCCUCCACAUAUGCUGUGAUGGUCCACAGUUUUUGUAAGAAGAAAGGAAAACUAGAGGAUGCAUGUAGAUACUUUGAAAUAAUGGUUGAUGAAGGAAUACCACCAUAUUCUUCUACCUGUGAAAUGUUGAGGAACCGACUGAUAGGGUUAGGGUUUUCAGAGCAGACACACAUACUUGCGGAUAAGAUGGAAAGAAGUACCUCUUGUUCCAUACAAGAGCUGUCUAAUAUUAUGAGAGGUGAGAGGGGCGGUGCAAGACUAAGAAGAGAAGGAGAAAGCUCGGACGACAGUGAUGAGUAAUGGCAAAGAGUUUAUUAUGAGAUGGUGGCUGUCUCAUCCUCUGUGCUCCGAGUUUGUUUGUUACAGAUGACUUCAGACCUAAUGGUGGCUCAUAUUGGCUAUUACAAUCAUGUUCCAGUCUGUCAUUCAAUAUGUUGAAGGUUCAUGUGCUUGCAUGCUAUAUUUCUGAGAAUGAGACUGUUUAUUCUGAUGUCAUUCCUCAGUGGAAUGGGUUGGUUGAUUUGCAAACUGAGAAGUUGAUAAACAACACAUUGAUGAAAGCAUGGGUCGGCUGAGCACGGAUUUCAUGGGGCCUUCAGUUCAAAUUGGGACUAACCCAUCGAACUCUGAAGCUCCUUUAAACCACGAUUUAACCCUACCAGCUUUAGGUGAUCUUGAUUUGGGAGUUGUAGCAAGUCUUCCUCCGGAUCUGUUUUCAGAAAUUAAUGACAUUUAUGAUGGGAAGUUAAUCAAUUUGAUUUCAAAAAAGAAAGGCAAAAGUGUUGCAUAGAAAAGAGUACAAGUUCCACUAAAGAAGGGUAGCGGAACCUUUUACCAUCAUCCAGCCUGUGCAAAUGAAAACCGUGUGGUGGAUAAGGAAGAAAAAUAUCCACUUGACAAAAUUCUGCCGGGACCUUCAAAUAUGGGCAUAUCGACUGAAGUUUCUAAUAAACUUGAUUUAAUGCCUUCAUCUCUGAGUCAAGUGGAUACCUCAGUGCUACAACAACUGCCUGAAGAGUUGAGAGUCGACAUACUCCAGCUGCUUCCUGCUCAUAGGCAGCCAGAAUGUGUGUCAGAUGUUAAUUUGGAUCCUUCAUCCAAAUCUAAGGAGCUAUUAGGCCUGAAGUCCCCUGAAAAUCAGUCUUCUGUUUCAGGCAAAGAACUUUGGGCUGGAAAUCCACCGGAAUGGGUUACGAUGUUCAAACAUAGCAAUUGCUGCAUCUUUCGGACUCUUGCGGACAUGUAUUACAGAUCAGGAUCGACUGGUCGUCUGUCUUCUAUCUUACAAUGCACUCUUUCAGAAUCUCAACCUCUUGUGGAUGCAAGUAAUGAUGGAUGGGAUGAUGCUAUUCGUUGCUUAUGUGAUCUUCUCAAGCAGUAUAUUAAGCUGAGAGUAGAAACAGAUAUUGAGGAGAUCUAUGUUUC